ACACAAACGAAUCGCUUUCCUUUCGAUCAGAGGAAGCACUCUGCAUCUUCAACAGCUCCAUCAUCUCUGGCGGACCAGCUCCAUCUUUGACGAUUUAGUCUGCUAUUGUUCUCAAAGCAUCUCCAUCAACAAACAUCCAGAUCACGGAAGCUGGACACCUAUUACGAGAGUUGCUCUGUGGUACAGGUCAAAAGAGAGAAAACUAGUGAAAGACUUGGACUUCAACUCUGAAAGAGAUAAUACAGCAACACUGCAGGUGUCGCCGUGCCGGACCACCGACGCUGUGCUGGAUUGCUGGACACCUCACGCCUGGACGGCUGGAGCUUCGCUGCUGCGCAUUUGGGGUGAACCUGUGAAGGCUGCGCAUCUGGAAAGGCCACUGCACAUGAGGGCCAGAAAUGAGAAAGUAGCAACCAGGAUGAAGUAAUC